GCAGACUCUGGCUACUUCUCUGACGCGCGUGGAAAACUCGGCUUUUAUACUGAGGCUAAAUUUGGAGGGCUGGUCGGUGCACAGCGUCCCCAUCCUGGACGCGCUUCCUUCCCCCAGCCUCGCACUGGUCUGGUUUAUGUACGCAGUGAUAUUUAUAAGAAAACCAGUUCAUUCCAGGCGCACUGAGGAGCAGUACAUCGGACAGCAGAAGACGCGACGCGCCUGUAGCUUUUCGGGCAAGUCAGCAGACUUUAGUUAAAACAGAAAAAGUGUCCAUCCACCCAUUUUCUUCGGCUUAUUCUUCUUCUCAGGGUCAAGAUUUUUUUUACUUUUCAUAAUUACGAAUGGAUAUGGCCUUGAGUGGGACAAUUUUACCAUCUAUCUCUACAUUUUCUAACCAAAAGGAGAAAUGUUGGGAAGAUAAGUGGAAGAGCGAAGUGAACAGCGGACCAGACAUGGACAGCAGCUGCCUGAGCAGAAAAGAUGAAGAGGAUCUGGACAAGUUCUUGGAUUUUGAGUUUAUUCUCGCUAACAUCGCCGACUCCAACAGUGCGCCACUCGCCGGGACGGUAGCAGAGUCAUAUCGACUUCAGGAUUCCGGGGUGUCCGUUUAUCAGCAGCAGCAGCGCACCGAGAUGCCCCAUCAAACGGUCAAUUACACGUCUGUGCCAGACAUGAACAGUUCUCCAACACCCUAUAACAGCCUGAUGGCGGAGCUCCUUCGCUCCGACGUGGAUUCCAGCUUCCUCCCCGGGAGCAGCCCCAAUAAUCAGGGGAGAUUCUUGGACAGUUCCACGCCUUUCCAGGUCACUCAGGAUUUAUUCCCAAAGCACCUAAACAUUAAAGCUGAGCCCACCUCAGUGGACACAUACGGACCUGUCAUGGGUCUGGUGCCUCAGAGCUGCACUAAAAUCAAACAUGAAGGCAACGUGUCCUGCAUGAUGUCGUACGAGCAGCCGCGGCUCGCAAGCUCCCCGCAGGGCGCGAUGGGCAGCAUGACCCCGCCGCUUAGUCCGGACGACUUGAUGAAUUCUGGCUGCCAGCAGCCCCAGAUGUGCGGCUCCACUUCGCCGACGUUUCCGCAGAGUUUCCACCUACACCACCGCAGCGCCCCCACGGGAUUUCCUCACCAGCACGCCGGGAUGCAGCUCUCCUUCACCGGGGCGCACCACCAUCACCGUUUUCCGGGCAUGUUCGGAGAGGACGCGGCUAUUGGCCUGCAGCAGCAGGCGGCGGGCAGCCAGCGGGUUCUGCUUACUCCCCCCUCCUCCCCGCUGGAAAUUAUGGAAACUAAGCCAAAGAGGGGUCGACGGUCCUGGGCAAGGAAACGAACUGCGACACACACCUGCACUUUUACGGGAUGUGGAAAGACCUACACCAAGAGCUCCCACCUGAAGGCACACCUCAGGACUCACACAGGCGAGAAGCCAUACCACUGCAGCUGGGAGGGUUGCGGCUGGAAGUUCGCUCGCUCCGACGAGCUCACACGCCACUUCCGGAAGCACACCGGGCACCGGCCAUUUCAGUGUCAUUUGUGUGAACGGGCAUUCUCACGCUCUGACCACCUCGCCCUCCAUAUGAAGAGGCACAUGUGAGCAAAAUCCAAAAGGACAAAAAUAGACAAGGACUUCUAUGCAACGCAUCAGCCUGAUUAAAGAACUGUAAGAAUCCUGUGAUCAGCCACAUGGAUUCUAUGCCAUUAUCUAGAUGCAACUUUAUGGUACCUCUCAAGGAGAAUUAAAUUUAUUGGUACCAUGAAAGGAUAAACUGCCAUGCGGCCGUUGUUGACUGCACUGUAAUAGCUAUAUGUAUUUUAUAGGAUUAUUACGGUGACUUCUUAUUGGGGCUAAUAAAGCAUUGAGACAUAUGCCUUCACAUUAGGCUAUAGGCAUAUUUUCUGGAAAAAAUAUAGCGUGUGUGUGUGCGCAUGUGUGUGUGUAAAAAUGACAAGUAAACCACAAGCAGCAAAAAAAUGCAACCACACAGAAACUGAUGAGUUCUUGUAAUCUAUGUAGCUGGUACUACUUUUU